GGCUAGCAUUCGUGCAAACCGGUUCAUUCUCAGUUUGGAAAGCGUCCUGAUCUGCUGUUCCCAAGCGCGAGGUUCUCCGUUAUAGAAGAGUGCUUAAUUCCCCUAGUUGAAGUAAUUUAUUACAGCUGCUGCUGCUUUUUUGUGAUUUGUGAAGAAAUCGUUUUUCUGCAGUCAAGAUGCGUGAAUGUAUUUCCGUGCACGUUGGCCAGGCUGGUGUUCAGAUUGGUAAUGCCUGCUGGGAGCUGUACUGCUUGGAGCAUGGAAUUCAACCCGAUGGUCAGAUGCCCUCGGAUAAGACCAUUGGCGGAGGUGACGAUUCGUUCAACACCUUUUUCAGCGAAACCGGUGCCGGCAAGCAUGUGCCACGUGCCGUCUUCGUGGAUCUGGAGCCGACUGUCGUAGAUGAAGUCCGUACCGGAACAUACCGGCAGCUGUUCCACCCGGAGCAGUUGAUUACUGGCAAGGAAGAUGCCGCCAACAACUACGCGCGUGGUCACUACACCAUUGGAAAGGAAAUCGUCGAUCUGGUGCUGGACCGCAUCCGUAAGCUGGCCGAUCAAUGUACUGGUCUGCAAGGUUUCCUGAUCUUCCACUCGUUCGGAGGUGGUACCGGAUCCGGUUUCACUUCCCUGCUUAUGGAACGUCUGUCGGUCGACUAUGGCAAGAAGUCCAAGCUUGAGUUUGCCAUCUACCCAGCUCCUCAGGUUUCGACUGCUGUUGUUGAGCCGUACAACUCUAUCUUGACCACCCACACUACCCUGGAACAUUCGGACUGCGCCUUCAUGGUUGACAACGAGGCUAUCUACGACAUCUGCCGACGUAAUCUGGAUAUUGAACGGCCAACCUACACUAACUUGAACCGUCUCAUUGGUCAGAUCGUGUCUUCGAUUACCGCCUCGCUUCGAUUCGAUGGUGCCCUGAACGUAGAUUUGACUGAGUUCCAGACCAACUUGGUGCCAUACCCACGUAUCCACUUCCCACUUGUCACCUACGCGCCUGUCAUUUCGGCUGAGAAGGCUUACCAUGAGCAGCUGUCCGUCGCUGAAAUCACCAAUGCCUGUUUCGAACCGGCCAACCAGAUGGUCAAGUGCGACCCGCGUCACGGCAAGUACAUGGCAUGUUGCAUGCUGUAUCGAGGUGAUGUUGUCCCCAAGGACGUAAACGCCGCCAUUGCCACCAUCAAGACCAAGCGCACCAUCCAGUUUGUCGAUUGGUGUCCCACUGGAUUCAAGGUCGGUAUCAACUACCAGCCACCAACCGUGGUUCCGGGAGGUGAUCUGGCCAAGGUUCAGCGUGCCGUGUGCAUGUUGUCGAACACCACGGCCAUUGCCGAAGCCUGGGCCCGUCUGGAUCACAAGUUUGAUCUGAUGUACGCCAAGCGUGCCUUCGUCCACUGGUACGUCGGUGAGGGUAUGGAGGAAGGAGAAUUCUCCGAAGCCCGUGAAGAUUUGGCCGCCCUCGAAAAGGAUUAUGAAGAAGUCGGCAUGGACUCCGGCGAAGGAGAAGGCGAAGGUGCCGAGGAAUACUAAGAAGCUGCCCGAAUUUUCCCUACAACCACCGUUACGAAAUCACACGACGCAGCAUGCACCGUUUUCCGCGCCAAAACUACAACUCGCUAUUUCUCGAUUUUUGAUAGCAAAAUUCAAAAUUCACAGAAAUAAAGCAGCAUAAAAGCAUGUCUAAAAAAAUCUCAA